AUGAGCUUCAAAGGCUUCCAAAAGAGCCUCACCCGGGCUCCGCAACAAUUCAAGCAAAAGUUCAACAUCGGCGAGCACACCAAGGAUGCUGUUUAUAUCGACGCCGAACGACGCUUCCAGGAACUUGAGACCGAGACCAAAAAACUACACGAUGAAUCCAAAAAGUACUUCGAGUCCAUCAAUGGCAUGCUCUCCCACCAGAUUGAGUUCAGCCAAGCCAUGACCGAAGUCUACAAGCCAAUCUCAGGUCGCAUGUCGGACCCUGACUCGAUCAAGUUUGAAGGAAACCCCGAAGGCAUCCGUGCCUGCGAAGAAUACGAAGCCGUUGUCAAGGACCUGCAAGAAACGUUGGCUCCCGAGUUGGAAAUGAUAGAAUCUAGGAUUAUCCGUCCUGCCAACGAGUUGCUCGACGUCAUCAAGGUGAUACGCAAGAGCGCCCUCAAGCGUGAACACAAGCGACUUGACUAUGACCGACAUCGCACGACUCUCAAGAAGCUGCAGGACAAGAAAGAACGCACUGCCAAGGACGAAAAGGCAAUGUGGAAGGCCGAGGGAGAUGUUGAGCUAGCUACGCAGGAGUUUAACUAUUUCAACGACCUCCUCAAGGAUGAGCUUCCAAAGCUGUUCCAGCUCGAGCGCGAGUUCAUCCAGCCCCUGUUCCAGUCGUUCUACUACAUGCAACUCAAUAUUUUUUACACCUUACACGAGAAGAUGCAGAACUGCGAUAUUGGAUACUUCGAUCUGACACUCGAUAUCGAGGACGCUUUCCACGAGAAGCGCGGUGACAUUCAAGAACAAACAGAAGCUUUAUCUAUCUGCAGGUUCAAGACAACUGGCCGUCCACGACCUGUACGAUACGGAGCCAAGCCUGCCCUCGAAGGUCCUAAGCAGCCCGCACUCCUUACACAAGGCGGCGAAGACUCCAAGCCUUCAAGCAGUGCAGUCACCAGCCCGAAGAUUGGUGGCUGGCAGCGCCCGGCCUCGACUGCAAACGACACGGCGGCUCCUCCUCCUUAUACACCCCCAACAGGAGCCAAUGCAGGCCUAGCAGCUAUCGCUGCUGGCAAGAAGAAGCCCCCACCACCCAAGCCUAAGCCCAAGCCUAUGCGCUUGACAGCUCCAGGGGUGGAGACCGUCACGGCUCUCUACGACUACGCCGCGCAAGCCGAGGGAGAUCUAAGCUUCCGAACUGGUGAUGUUAUUGAGAUUGUUACAAGAACGCAGAAUGAAAACGAGUGGUGGGUUGGACGACUGCAAGGCAAAGAGGGCCAGUUCCCAGGCAAUUAUGUUCAACUCAACAGUUGA